ACAGCCGUGUUCGGGGCCCUUCUUUUGGCUACACGGAGCAUUCAGUGCGGACGUGCUUCCCUCAGCAGAAGAAGAUUAUGCUGAACACGUUUUUGGAUGUGUUGAUGGCAGAUCCUCCCCCAUGCCUCGUAUGGCUCCCGCUCAUGCACCGACUUGCUAAUGUUGAAAAUGUCUUCCAUCCGGUGGAAUGUUCAUAUUGCCGGAGCGAAAGCAUGAUGGGUUUCCGGUAUCGGUGCCAACAGUGCCAUGGCUACCAGCUCUGUCAAAGCUGUUUCUGGCGUGGCCAUGCCAAUGGUCCCCACAGUAACCAGCACCAGAUGAAGGAGCACUCUUCUUGGAAGUCUCCGGCCAAAAAGCUGAGCCACGCAAUCAGCAAAUCUCUGGGCUGCGUCCCCAUCGGAGAGCCACCACAUCCUGUGUUCCCCGAGCAGGCUGAGAGACCACAGGAACUGACUCAUACUGUUCAGCCGAAACCAGUGGCCAACAACAUGAACGACACAAUGCUCAUGUCCUCUGGGACACCUACUCCUACCAAAAGUGUCUUGGAGAGUCCCAGCCGGCUAGAUGAAGAGCACCGCCUCAUCGCUCGCUAUGCUGCCCGCCUGGCAGCCGAGGCGGGCAAUUCCACACAACAAUGUCCUCCAUCAGAUCUGAGUUUCAACUUUGAUGCCAACAAGCAACAGAGGCAGCUGAUUGCAGAGCUGGAGAACAAAAACAGGGAGAUCCUCCAGGAGAUCCAGCGGCUGCGUUUGGAGCACGAGCAGGCCUCUCAGCCGACCCCAGAAAAAGCCCAGCAGAACCCCACACUUCUCACUGAACUGCGGCUCCUCAGACACAGGAAAGACGAGCUGGAAAGGCGCAUGUCAGCCCUGCAGGAGAGCAGACGGGAGCUGAUGGUGCAGCUGGAGGGACUCAUGAGGCUGCUAAAGGAUGAGGAGCAGAAGCAGGCUUCCCAGUCCGGAGGCUCCCCUCACUCUUCCCCUAGUCACGGUGCGGGCUGCUCCAUGCCCAUGCCCAUACGCUCCACCUCAGCUGGGUCCACCCCAACUCACACACCACAGGACUGCCUGGCCGGGGUGGGAGGGGACGUGCUUGAGGCCUUUGCUCAGGGUGUACCUAGAAAUCUUCGGAAUGAUUUAUUGGUUGCUGCUGACUCAAUCACAAACACAAUGUCAUCACUGGUGAAAGAGCUCCACUCAGUAGAUGAUGGGGGGCUGGAAGAGGAGACCAACAUGAGGAACGGUGGGGACAGAGGCACAGUGAGACUACAGAAGCACUGAGGAAAAGAGAACACAACUCCACCCUGUAAGGAUAUACAGUCAUCAAAUGGGAAGAAUCAGUAACAACAACAACAACAACAACAACAACCCCUGGCAUUAGCACGUAGAGUAAUGCAUGCUGUAAUCUAACAGGAUUUCACUAUGUGAAAAAAACAUUUCUUCACACCUUGCAGGUAGCAAGAUGUGUCUAAUUAGCGAGUGUGUAUGUAUUUACGUCCUGUAAACAAAAACUGCUGUAAUCAAUAAUGAUUUCCCUCAUGACUGCUAAGGAAUGGCUUGCUGUGCUUUUUCCUCCAACUGUUCCAUUGCAGCAGAUCAUUCUGUAUAUAAAAUACUAUAAACACAUGACCAUGGGAACGCCCCUACAUGAAGGUGACCUUCUGUCACAACAAGUUCCCUGUCGUUGCUUUUGUAUGAUUAGCACUAGUAUUUAUUUUUUCUUUUUUAAAAAUCAUUUCUGCAUGAAGUUGCACUCAUGUCUGGAUUUAGGUACUGUACCAUGCAAUGCCAGCUCUUUGUGGGCCUGUGAUAACAGCUGGGGUGUCAGAAGUGUCCUGCCUCAGAAUUCAUGCUGAGUGUGUUUACUUGCACAACCAUAUUCUGAACUUUUGUAAAGACAUUUUGUAAAAGCAGACUGCUCCGGGUGUGGCCGUCGCCGUGAGUGUGCCACGAAACCGGCGGAGACUCCAGGAAGUCACUGCACCCUGCCAAGAAAUAGUCUAGCACAUAAUCCCUGUAACAAAAAAACACAACUUGUCAGCUUUAGAGGUGCUGGUUGGGCAGAGCCAGGCUAGGUUUGCCCCUGUUUUACGGCUUUAUGCAAAGCUAACUGUCUCCAUCAAAAACAUUUGAUUAUUGUAUUGUAAUUUAAUUGUUAGUUGAAGCUCUCGCCAGGAGACCAAACACUUCCUGCUGUUUGCAUAAUAUCAGUUGGGUUUCCAUGGUAAUAUUCUUCCUAUUAAUGUGUGCAGGGCUAUCUGUGAUUAUGGUAUAAAGAUGUACAUAAACAGCUUAUAAACCAGGCAUAAUAGCUGGUAUCCAGAAUACUGCGUGCAUGUAAACACACUCACUGAGUCACAUACUGUACUGCUGCUACUGUGCUCUCAGUGAGCCACCCUUGCAAAUAAGAGGGCUGUGUGAUUAAGAGAAACUAAGGGGCUACUACAAACACAAUAAUGAGCUGAGUCUUGUUGUUUCCUCCCCAUUAAAACUUAACUGAACACGCCUGACUAGCUGGUAGCCUCAGUAUUUAUUGUUUCAAGUGUAGGGAAGCACCUCAGGAUGUUUAAAUAGUAAUGAACUGGCCACUGAGUUUUAGUUGUGAGUUACAAAAUGAGAUCUUAUACAGUGUGUGAGGAUGUAAGGUUGUAAUAAGCAAGUAGGAAAUGCUUUGAUAGCUUUAUUGAGUUAAUAAAGGAAUAUUGAAAAUGUUUAUGUGCAAUGAAGAUAGGUGCUCAGGGACUGCAGAGCUACUCUAAGUGAAAUAUGGUGGUAUUGUAUUUUAACUGCUAGACGUCAUUGACCACAGACCGAAAGGUUAAAGGGCAAUGAUUAUUAAAAAUGGAGGGUUUCAGUCCAAAAUGUACACUGUUAUUUAUAAUUAAUAUUAUGCCUUCGACUUUCUUGUGAUCCCUGUCGUAAGAUUGUGUUGAUAUUUCCUAACAUUUCUUUCUGUCGCGCUGUCUCCUUUUGGAAUGAAACUCUUUAAAUGUGUAGAGGAAAACAACAGUAAGUGACUAAAUGCUGGAUAAAGAAUGUGGAUCAUUAGAAAGAGAGAUGUUUUUCUGAAGUGCUAUUUGGUGAAACAUGUAGUUUGUCUGUGUGUGAAUUUGUGUCUUUCACGGAAAAGCAAUGCUAUCACAGAGAUAACUGUCAACCAGAGAGGAUGUUUAUUGUGAGUCGGACAGCGAUCAGGUCUAAGUCACCUUUACGUUUAUGUCUUCUGGUUCAAUGUUUUGGGGGUUUUUUUAAUCCAUUUUAUCCAUUCAUCUCAAAUGAAAAUGAGCAAUGUUUGCUUUUUAGUAAAUGCAACGUGAUAAAGACUGGGAGCAGUUUUAGAGUAACAUGUUUAGUUCUCAAAGAAAGUUGUGCAGAAAAUCUGAAAAGCUUGUUCUGAGAUUUGUACAGUAAGUCUAUCCUGUAAGCAUAAGGUUUCAACAACCUGUUACACUGUGUCAAGAAAAAGGACAAAAAGAGGCUCCUCUGUUAUCAACGUUCCAAAUGUGAUGUUUUUAUUCACUGCCCUGUUCUGCUCUAUGUUAUCAUUAUUGUUAUUAUUCUGGUUUACAGUCAGUAUUAGUGGAUCAUUGUCAAUGUAAUGAGUUUGUCAAAACACAAAUUCACAUGCACACUCACUUGCGCCCAAAUAUAAAUUCAUAUGAAGACUGUAUGAGUACAAUAAUUUAAAAUACUGUGAUCACUGCUGUCACAAAGUUUAGUUUAUUCAGCAGAAAAGGUCCAGAAAUUAUUAAAAUGAAGAGGUAAAAAUUUAAACUGUCCUACCCAUUCUGGUCAUGCAUUGGAAUUCAAUG